AUGCGGCGUCUACAUCUUGGCCAACCGGGACAUAAAGAGCCCCAAAACAUGUUCCGCCCAGGCAUGUGGGUUGUCGAGUUAGGGGACAUGGAAUGAUGCUCUCUUUUGCAACCCUCUCCUUUCGUGAUGCCGGUUAAGUCAGCUGAUUGUGGCGUACAAAAGGUGUUUGACUGCUCCGAUCUCAAUUUGUCCAUCAGAAGGUCCUCACGAAAAAGGGUCUGCUGCGAUGCCACCUUCCUUGAGUUCCUAACGGACGUGGAAAUCGUGGCUUCAAUCGUCCACUUUAUGGGCGUUGCUGAUUCAGCCUCGUCUGUCGACUCGCGAUUUUCGCCAGGCCCAACUGAACUCGGAGUCUUUUGCAUCCGAGUUGACUGUUUGCAAAGCCCCAACUCGAGCUCCAAGGGAAGCCGCCGGUCGGCAACGGACAUCAUCUGUUAUGUUGCUUGGUUAUUGCCUGAGGUCAACCGCAGUAGAUCUCUGAAAUUCCGGUCGCUGGGGCACAGGCCAGACUAUAGAUUGCUUCUCCACACGAAAGGGCCGAGGGAGCAGACACGCAACACGUAUCCCAGCCUCAGGACACAUCCCGUAACAAUUGUGAUCUCGAUUGCCGCCAGCCUUGUCGUCGACUGGAUUCGGCCUUCUCGAGGUUUGGCGACAAGCCGAGCCCACAAAGUGACGCCACGCGAUCAAGCCUCAAAUUGCCUCACUCGCUGGCCUGGCACGUCUGUCUCUUGUUCUAUGCCGCAUCAUGACAGUGGGCGUCGUGGCCGACAUUGUCUUCUCCCCAUCACGACAGGCCUGUCGUCUUGUCCGCUUUUGGCGCGAAUCGCUGCCUCCUCUUGCCAGUCGCGUCGGCAUUCGGCCAGAAUGGACAAAGAGGAACAAGUGGGUUGGCCCUGUUACCGUCGCGAUCGUGAAUAUACGACGCAGAGGUCCGUCGGCCAAAGGCGGGAGGGGCAGGCGGUCUGUCGCGAUCGGGAUCGUCGUCUGGCCCCAAUUAAUCCAUUCACUGGCCCGGGAGACAAGGUCUCCUUUGUUUGCUUUUUAACUUGGAGACCAGCUGCUCUCUCCUCCCCCCUUCGGCUGACAUUUUAG